AUGGAGUGCAUUCAGACCUUCCUGCUGUUCUUCUUCACAGACCCGGAGGAUGUGCUCAGUGUAAGCAUUCCUCUGGAGGAGCCACAGCGCCCUCUACUGGGAGGAACCUUGCUUCUACCGUGUUACUUUAAGGACCACACUGUCCCAGACCCAGGAGCUCCCACCGUCGCUCCCCUUUCUCAUCGUAUAAAAUGGAGCCUCGUCACCAAAGAAAAGGUCACCACUAUCCUGGUGGCCUUGGAGGGACAGGUGCGUAUCAGCGAGCGCUACCUGGACAGAGUUCAUCUGGUGGGCUACCCCAAGACUCCUACAGAUGCUAGCAUCAAGAUAUCUGAACUGCGGUCCAGUGACUCAGGGGUCUACCGCUGUGAGGUUCAGCACGGCAUUGAGGACAACCACGACAUUGUCCAUGUGCAGGUUCAAGGUCUGGUGUUCCACUACCGGGCCAUCAUGGGCCGCUACACUCUGACUUUUGAAAAGGCGAAGGCAGUUUGCACCCAGAACAGUGCUGUCAUGGCUUCACCCGAACAGCUUCAAGCAGCCUUCGAUGAAGGAUUCCACCAGUGUGACGCUGGCUGGCUCUCUGACCAGACAGUCAGGUACCCAAUCCAUGAUCCUCGUGUGAACUGCUAUGGUGACAAAGAGGAACUGCCUGGGGUCAGGACAUACGGAGUGAGAGACCUCAAUGAGACUUACGAUGUCUACUGCUUCACUGAGAAGAUGACAGGCAGAGUUUUCUACACCGCUUCUGCAGAAAAGUUCACCUUCUCUGAAGCAGCGGCUGCUUGCUCUAAUCGGGGAGCUCAGUUGGCCACCACUGGUCACCUCUACCUGGCCUGGCAGGGUGGUAUGGAUGUCUGUAACGCCGGCUGGCUGGGAGACAGGAGCGUCCGCUACCCCAUCAACAUUCGUCGGCCACAGUGUGGAGGGGGUCUGCUGGGGGUGCGAACUGUUUACCUGCACACAAACCAGACGGGAUACCCGCUUCCUGAGUCCCGCUAUGACGCCUUCUGCUACACAGAGUCCCCUGAAGAGGAAGGCUCCGGCUUUAUAGAAGAGGGAAGUGGUGUGCUGAGUGUUACCACAGUGACACAGAGCCCAGAGGUGUUCUUCAGGAGGACGACCACAGAGAGCGAGGCGGUUGGAGAGGUGGAGACUCAGCAGCCUACCGUUGUGGACUUCACAGAGAGCCCUACUGAGCUGCCUCUGCCUCAGCCGCCAAACGUCACUGAGAUCAUCACUGACCUGAUAGAGGCAGUUACCGCUCGGCCCGACACAGCCAGGGAGCCUGGCAAAGACUUUGUGAUGCCCCCAACUGGUGUGGUCUUCCAUUAUCGCUCAGGCUCCGGCCGCUAUGCCUUCACGUUUGUUGAGGCCCAGCUAGCCUGCCAGAAUGUCGGGGCCUCCAUUGCCACGCCACAGCAGCUGCAGGCAGCAUUUGAGGCUGGAUAUCACCAGUGUGAUGCAGGAUGGUUACUGGACCAGACUGUAAGGUAUCCCAUUGUUUUCCCUCGAGAUAAAUGUGCUGGAGAUCUUGGGGACCAACCUGGAGUUCGGUCCUAUGGUUUGAUGCCAGCAGAGGAGAAAUAUGAUGUGUACUGCUACAUUGAUGGGCUCAAAGGUGAGGUUUUCCAUGUGGGCUCCGCUGAGGGUCUCACCUAUGACGAGGCUGCGUCUAGCUGUCAAGAGCAGAGUGCUGUACUGGCCUCGACCGGAGAGCUCUACGCAGCCUGGAAAAUGGGCUUUGACAAGUGCCGUGCUGGCUGGCUAGUGGAUCGUAGCGUCCGCUAUCCCAUCAACAACCCCCGCACAGAGUGUGGAGCUGGGAAAGCGGGUGUACACACUCUGUACGCUCACCCCAACCAGACAAGCUUCCCUGAAGUUGAUGUCAGAUUUGAUGCAUACUGUUUCAGAGCAGACCUUCUACUUAUUGCAAAUGAAACUGGACUGAACAUCACAGAUAUCCAGGAGGCCCUCCUUAACCUAACAUCAAUUACUGACUUGUUGAGGCCUGUUGGUCCUUCCAUCGUCCCUCCCAUCGCUGUGGAGAUUUCAGGCUCUGGCUCAGGCUCAGCAGACUUCAGUUCAGGCUCUGCCUCUGGGGGUCACUCUGGAGACUUGUCUGGCUCUGGACACCUGCCUGGUUCUGAAGACCUGCCUGGUUCUGGAGACCUGUCUGGCUCUGGAGAUCAGGUAAUUUCUGGAGAUCUGUCUGGCUCUGGAGAUCAGGUCACCUCUGGAGAUCAGGCCACCUCUGGAGAUCAGAUCACCUCUGGAAAUGAAUCUGGCUCUGGAGACAUAUCUGGUUCUGGAGAUCUGUCUGGUUCUGGAGAUCGGGUAACCUCUGGAGACUUAUCUGGUUCUGGAGAUCUGUCUGGUUCUGGAGAUCGGGUAAUCUCUGGAGACUUAUCUGGUUCUGGAGAUCUGUCUGGUUCUGGAGAUCGGGUAAUCUCUGGAGAUUUAUCUGGUUCUGGAGAUUUGUCUGGUUCUGGAGAUAUGGUAAUCUCUGGAGACUUGUCUGGUUCUGGAGACCUGGCCGGCAGUGCGAGUGCUGAGCUGCCCAGUGGAGCUUCAGGUUUCAGCAGUACAGAUGCUUCUGGAUCAGCUCUCAGUGGAGAAGGAUCCAGCUUCACUGUUGUUUUUUCAGGCACUGACAGCAUUGUCUCUGGAGAGGGAUCAGUUUCAGGUGAACUCCAAGAAGCCGGAGAGGGAAGCACAGGGAUUCUUAUCUUCCCUGAAGCAGGCUCUGGAGUACUCAGUGGUAGUGGGGACCUGUCUGGAUCUGGUUUCAGCUCUACGGAGAGUGGUUCUUCCAUAGACAGCUCUGGGGAAAGUGGACAGUUCUCUGGUAUCUCGUCCGGUUUCAUCACCAGCCAGGACUUUUCUGGGUUCAGUGGUUUCCCAUCAGGAUUCUCCUCUGGAAGUGCUAGUGGACAGUCAGGAAGUGGAGAUGCCAAGAUCUUACUGAUAGAUGGUGAACUGAUUGAUGCGUCCACCCAUAUUACCCACAAGGAGUAUGAGCUUGGUGGAGGCCAUGUGGCGUUCAGUGGCUCUGGAGACAUUUCAGGAUCUGGGAUUCUCAGUGGUGAUCUCAGUGGCUCGGCCUCUGGAAGUGGCAAUGGGUUCUUCUCAGGCGUGACCUUUGUGGGGUCAGGGUUCACUGAACUUACUGUAUCAUCCUCUGGAGAGCAGGAGGCCUCAGGGUUUUUACUCUACAGCUCUGGACAGGGAAGUGGAGGACAUUUGUCUGGAUUUGGAAGCUCAAGUUUCGUCUCUGGGUCUGGUUCGGGAAUGUCUGGAUCAGGAAUCUCUGGAUCUGAGUCCUCAACGAGUGGAGAAGAAGGUAGUGUUACAUUCUUGACUGGGGAUUUUUUGACAGAGGUUUCCGGGGACUCCAAACUGUCUAUGGAGCUCGGACAGGGGUCAGCGGAGUACAGCGGAGAAGGAAGCAGUAGUGGUGGCUUCAACUCUGGCAGCGGAGACAACCGCUUGUUCACAGCCAGUGGCACUUCCUCAGGAGCUCCCUCUGGAGAUCUACCACUCUCCAUGGUGGUGUUGCCCUCUCCACCGAGUGAAUGGGCACUGACAGAGAGCACCAAAGGACCAGUUGAGGCCCUUAGUGAGGCUGAACUGUCACAGACCCCUGGUAACAACCAUGGAACUCUUGGCCCUGUGCUUGCCCCCUCUGGACUGGCUGCUCCUCCCACUGCAGCUACAGCAGCCUCUGUGUGGGCACCAGGCAAUAUUGAAGAAAUUGAUUCAGUGGAGGGUGGUUUUAACCCAUGUGAACCCAACCCCUGUGGUACUGCUUCAUGCACAGCAGAGGAUGGCGUUGCUCUCUGCCACGAGGUAGAUGUGUGCCAUUCCAACCCUUGUGCCAAUGGAGCCACCUGUGUGGAGAGUGCAGACUCUUACAAAUGCUUAUGCCUGCCCAGCUACGGAGGGGAACGCUGUGAGAUCGAUGAGCAGCAGUGUGAAGACGGUUGGACUAAGUUUCAGGGGAACUGCUACCUGCACUUCUCUGACAGAGAGAUGUGGCUGGACGCAGAGCAGCGCUGCCGGGACCUGAACGCCCAUCUGGUCAGCAUCAUCACCCCAGAGGAGCAACACUUUGUCAACUCAAACGCACAGGACUACCAGUGGAUCGGGUUGAAUGACAAGACAGUAAGAAAUGACUUCCACUGGACAGAUGGCACUCCACUGCAAUAUGAGAACUGGAGGCCGAACCAGCCUGAUGAUUACUUUAAGCCUGGAGAAGACUGCGUGGUGAUGAUCUGGCAUGAGAACGGCCAGUGGAACGAUGUGCCCUGCAACUACCACCUGCCAUUUACCUGCAAGAAAGGCCCAGUGUCCUGUGGUGCCCCGCCGGAGGUGGAGAAUACCCACAUGUUUGGGAACAGGAGGGAGGAAUACCCGGUCAACUCUAUCAUCAGGUAUCAGUGCAACCCAGGGUUUACACAGCGCCACCCUCCAGUGGUUCGCUGUAAAGCAGACGGACAGUGGGAGAAACCCCAGGUGGAGUGCACUGACGUGAAAGCCAGGAGAAGAAUACAGCAGAGGAGCAUCAGGAGUGCAGCAGCUAGCAGCAAGCUUCACUAA